AUGGCUUUUGAAUUGAUUAGGGCAGAGGAGACCGAUGGUCAACUGAAUCCAAUUACAGCAGUUUGCAUAGUAUCUGAUAAAAAUAAAGCUCCCAAAGGAUUUUCACCGAUACUGCGAACGACCGAUGAUAAUGCUGACGCUGAUAUUUGGAGAGAAAGUUCUUUUUCUAUCUUUGCCAGACCUACUAGAUAUAUUGCUUAUAGUAGAGAUGUUCCAGAACAAUGUUUGAAUGGUCCCGCCAUUUCUGUGAUAACUGAUUUGACUGUAGUCAAGGAAACGGAGCCAGUACCUCAUGGAUACGUUCCCAUAGAUUAUACGGCAGAUUCAAGAGAAAAGGCACUGAGAAAGAAAUUUUUAUGCUUGAAGUCGGAGCCCCGAGAUGCUGUUGUCGAUGCAGUAGGCGAGAUUUGUAUAUUAGGAAAAACGAAAAAAACUCCGAAGGGAUAUAGCUGCGCAGGUGAAAUCGACGGAGCCCUCAUUGUAUUUAAAGUGGUUGUGAUCCCUCAAACGUUCGGAAUGAAGCAUAGCGCAAGUGCGCAAAGUCUACCACCAGCAAGAUCUGCACCUGCACCUCCUGGAUUGAUGCCUUUAUACCCAUCAUUACAACCAUCCAAUUCUGCUUCAGACAUCGAAAAAGUAAACGCAUUUACAAUAAAGAACCCUUCAUUCGUGAAACCUAAAGGAGUGGAUGGAGUUCCCUUCAAGCUGCAUCCGUCUGUGACGACGGGAGCUACAAAACAAGACGAUAACUUGCCUCAAAUAGGGUUCGAUAUUCAAUUGCUUAAUACCGAUGCAUUUCAUUACUCUUUUGCUCUCGAGCAAGACACUUUGGAUCAAAUAAAGUGA